GCUGGCCCAGGGGUGUCCGUGGCCAUGGGCAUGGGAGCAUCCUGGCUGAGAGCACGGGUGAGCGCUCGGGAGGAGACACGGCCCCCGCCAGCUCCAGACCAUGGACAAACCCUGGAGGCAUCGGAGAAAUCUCCCCCACCCAUCCCAUCUGUCCCACCACGGCACAGCCACAGGGUCCCAACAGCUGAGCCCAGCCCUAGGAGCGUGCUGGAGGGUCAGCCCACAUCCAACCCCCCACUGCCCGCCACAGCCACCCCAUCCAGCAGAGACCCCUCACCGUGCCCCAGGACAGCCUUGCAGCCAGGCUCAGGGCAGGGCAGGAUGGAGAUGGUCUCCAACGUCAUCUAUGAAGGACUUGAGCCCCCGCCAGCACCAGCUGAGGACACAGGAGAAGAGGAUGGUCCCCAAGGUCAGGCUCUCACUCAGCCCCUGCCUCUGUCACCACAGGAGCUGACCCAGCUGGACAACAAACCUGACAUUCCCAGCUGGCCCUACGAGGGCUUGCCCCCAGUCCCGCAGAGACCCUCCGGCAAACCAGAGGUCGGCGAUCAGCCUGUCAGCCCCUACAGCGAGACCAUCUUUGGGCACGCAGCCCCAUCCCAGGAGCAGAAGGGUAUUGGCAUCUCCUCUGAUCAGAGCUACGAGGCAGCAUCCGAGCUGGACCUGGAGCGAGAAGCAUGCAGGACAAGCAGCGAGUGCAGCAGUGAGGGAAGGAGUGAGGACGAGGAGACCCGGUCCCGGCUCAUCGACCGCAUCGUCCAGAAUGACACAGAGGGGUACUCCACUGUGGAGGCACCGCGAGUUGAAGGUGCCCCAUUCAGCCUGCCAGCCCAUCUCUACCCGGACGAGGUCCUGGAUGACCUCACCAUAUCCCCUUACGCCAGCUUCACGUCGCUCUCUGAGCCCCGACCCACCAUGCUCAGUGGCUGGCUGGACAAGCUCUCCCCACAGGGGAACUAUGUCUUCCAGAGGCGCUAUGUCCGUUUUGACGGGAAGAACCUGAUGUACUUCGGCAGCGAGAAGGAGCCCUACCCCAAGGGGGUGAUACCACUGUCUGUGAUUGAGAUGGCUCGCUCUACCAAGGACAACAAGUUCCAGGUUCUUACCAGCCACCGGAUCUUUGUCUUCCGUGCCGAGAAUGAGGCCCAGAGGAAUGAGUGGUGCUCCACGCUGCAGAAGAAGGUGACGGAGCAGCGCCUGGCAGGGUCCCAGCCCCGGCCCACCAACACCGCUCACUGCCAGAAGACAGGCACCCUGGAGCUGAAGGGCCAGAAGACCAAGGUGUUUGCAGCCCUGAGCCUGCCCGAGAUGUGGCUGUACAAGAGCGAGCAGUUCUUUAAAAUGGGCAUUGGCAUCUGCUUUAUUGAGAUGCGCGGCUCCACCAUCCGCGAAGCCAAGAACCGCAGCUUUGAGCUCAUCACCCCCUUCAAAAUAUUCAGCUUUGUGGCGGAGUCAGAGCGGGAGAAGCGGGAGUGGAUGGAGGUCCUGCAGGAGGCCAUAGCCGAGAUGCUCUAUGACUACGAGGUGGCAGAGAAGAUCUGGUCCAACAAAGCCAACAAAUACUGUGCGGAUUGCUGGGCUCAGAGUCCUGACUGGGCAUCCAUCAACCUGUGUGUGGUCAUCUGCAAGCAGUGUGCAGGGCAGCACCGCAGCCUGGGCUCCAAUGUUUCAAAGGUGCAAAGUCUGAAGCUUGAUACCAGCGUCUGGUCCAACGAAAUUGUACAGCUGUUCAUCAUGCUGGGAAAUGGCCGAGCCAACCGGUUUUGGGCUGCUCGCCUCCCUGCCGCCGAGGCUCUCUACCCCGAUGCCAGCACCGAGCAGAGACGGGACUUCAUCUCCCGCAAGUACCGAGAGGGUCGGUACCGCCUGCCCCAUCCCCACUAUGCCACUCAGGAGGACGUGCUCCAGGCACUGUGUGCUGCAGUGGCAGGACCAGCCCUGCUCAAGACCAUCCUGCAGUUCUUCUCAUCCUCGGAGGCUGGGCUGGCGGCUGACCCUGCCAUCUGCGAGGUGGUCCCUGGGGCUGACCUUUGGUGGGGACCGGAGAGCAAAAGGACCAGGAACCAUUCAGGGAGCCCCCACACACGGGAACCGGGUCCAGAGGGUGUCUACAACGAGAUCACACAGCCGGUGACACACAGUGGGUACUUGUACCGGGCCACAGCCCCCCACAAGCUCCCAAGUACCAAGAAGAGCAAAGAGGACUUUCAGCGCACAUGGUGCUCUCUGGAGAGAGCCCUGCUCUUCUUCGAGACAGAGAAAUGCACGGAGCCCUUGGGCCACAUCGAGAGUGGGGACCUCAUCUCCCUGGGUGUGAACAGAGCUCAGGCACCCACCAGCCCCGGUCCCACCGAAAGGUUUCGCUUCAUCCUUGAGCUCUUCCUCACUGGAGAGAAAAUGCAGCAGCUGGGAACCGAUGGCUCCGAGACAUUGCAAGCCUGGGCCAGCGCCAUCGGCAAGUGGUUCACACCCGUGAGCUGUCACUGCCUGCUGAGCUAUGAGUUCCAGCGCGUGGGCCAGCUGCGCUACAAGUGCAUGCUCAAUCCCGAGCGGUGGCAGCAAGCCUUCUUCAUCCUGCAGAAAGCCCACCUCUUCAUCUGCCCUGCCGAGGAUGAUGGGGUUGAGGACAGCAUCAACCUCCGGCGGCUGCAGGAGCUCAGUCUGGUUCCCGCCACAGAGACCCCAGAGAAGAAGGAGCUGCUGGUCCUGGUGGAGAUGGGGCGGACAUUUUACCUGCAGGGCUUGUCACGGGUGGACUCGGCGGCGUGGUACGCUGACAUCCAGGCAUCGGCGGGGGGCCGAGGUAACGCGCUGCGGGACCAGCAGAUGAGCCGGGCAGACAUCCCCAUCAUCGUGGACAGCUGCAUCGCCUUCAUCACCCAAUAUGGGCUGCGGCAUGAGGGAAUUUACCGCAAGAAUGGAGCCAAGUCCCGGAUCAAGGUACUGAUGGAGGAGUUCCGGCGAGAUGCCCGCAAUGUCAAGUUGCGCAUCAAUGACAAUUUCAUCGAGGAUGUCACCGAUGUGCUGAAGAGGUUCUUCCGUGAGCUGGAGGACCCUGUCUUCACCCUGGAGCUGCACCCACAGUGGAAGGAGGCUGCAGAAAUCUCCUCCAAGCCCCAGCGCCUGGAGCGGUACAAGGAGCUCAUUCAUCGCCUGCCUCGCCUCAACCGCAAGACCCUGGCUGCGCUCAUUGGGCACCUCUACCGGGUGCAGAAAUGUGCAGACCUCAACCAGAUGAGCACCAAGAACCUGUCGCUGCUCUUCGCACCCAGCCUUUUCCAGACUGAUGGCAAAGGGGAGCACGAGGUCAAGGUGAUGGAAGACCUCAUUGACAACUAUGUCAGCAUCUUUAAUAUUGAUGAGGAUCAGGUCUCCCAGAUGGAUCUGGAAAACAGUCUGAUCACCACUUGGAAGGACACCCAGCUCUCACAGGCAGGGGACCUCAUCAUUGAGGUUUACCUGGAGCAGAAGCUACCUGACUGCUGUGUCACUCUGAAGGUGUCCCCUACGAUGACGGCAGAGGAGCUCACCAACCAGGUGCUGGAGAUGCGCAGCGUAGCGGCCAGCCUGGACAUCUGGCUGACCUUUGAGGCCCUGGAGAACGGGGAGCUGGAGCGGCCCCUGCACCCCAAGGAGAAGGUGCUGGAGCAGGCUUUGCAGUGGUGCAAGCUCCCAGAGCCCAGCACUGCAUACCUGCUGGUGAAGAAGGUCCCCAUUGGUGAGGGCAGCUGUCUCUUCACAGGCGCCAAGCGUGAGACCCCCAAGUGCGGGCUGCUGAAAUGCCGUGAAGAGCCCCCCAAGCUGCUGGGGAACAAGUUUCAGGAGCGGUACUUCGUCAUCCGGGACCGGAGGCUGCUGCUGCUCAAGGAGAAGAGGAGCUCCAAGCCAGAGCGUGAGUGGCCCCUGGAUGCAGCGAAGGUUUACAUGGGCAUUAGGAAGAAACUGAAGCCACCAGCCCAGUGGGGUUUCACACUGACCUUGGAUAAGCAGCAGCUGUACCUGGUGUGCUCGGGACAGGCUGAGCUGUGGGACUGGACCACCAGCAUCCUCAAGGCUCAGCACGAUGACCUGCGCCCCGUGAUCAUGCGCCGACGCUCCUCCUCCGACCUCGCCAAGCAGAAGUUCGGCACCAUGCCACUGGUGCCUCUGCACGGGGACAGCACCGAUGCCACCAUGCUCUCCGCCAACCAGACCCUGCGCCGCCUGCACACGCGAAGGACUUUGUCCAUGUUCUUU